GGCGGGUAUCCAAAAGUAGCGGGACCCACUUCCAAACUUUUCAAAAUUAUAAAUACUCCCCACACAUUUUAAAGCUUCCCGUAAUAUUUAUUCCGGUACCCGAAAAAUGGAAAACGGUGCUCAGCAAACGCCAGUAACCGCAACGCCGACGCCGAAAGUCGGAGUAGCGGUGUUUCUUUUAAAGGGAAGUAAAGUUCUGUUAGGGAAACGCCUCUCCGCCAUCGGCCAUAGUACCUUUGCACUUCCCGGCGGCCACCUCGAGUUCGGGGAAAGUUUUGAAGACUGUGCAACGAGGGAGGUGAAGGAAGAAACAGGAUUGGAUAUUGAUAAAACAGAGUAUCUAACGGUGACCAACAAUGUCAUCUCAGAAAAAGUGCACGUAGUUUGCAUAUUCAUGAGAGCAGUCCCUGCUGAUCCCAGUCAGAAUCCUCAAACACUUGAACCUGAGAAAUGUGAUGGUUGGGAUUGGUAUGAAUGGAACAAUCUCCCUAAACCACUCUUUGGUCCUUUAGAAGAUAUGGUUCAAAGUGGCUAUAAUCCUUUCCCAACUACUGCUAGUUAACUGUUUUGUUUGUAUUUAGGAUUGGGUGCUACUGGUUAUAAUUGCCUAAUUGUGUAAUGUAUAUUUUCUCACGGGGGAACAUUGAUGCACUUUUUUUGUAAUGGCAAGUGAUGCUAGAAUGCUGCUAUCUUAACUCUGAGAAUAUAAUGUAUUUGAAUUGAUCUUG